ACCCUCUCUACCUCUCUACGGAAUAUGUGCAGAGAAACUGUUUGACUGUUUUGGUUUGAUGAUGUCCGUUGCCGACCGUAUAAGGCGCAUCAAAAGAUCUGCGCGUUCAAUCAUCUGUGCUCCGAGAUUUUAUUUGUCGUGAUCGAGCUGCGGCCAGGAUCAUAAAUGUCUGGCAGGCCAAAUUUCGACAGCAACCUGAGAGUUUUGAUAUACAGAAAUGGAGCGACAAGAGACGGCAAGAUUUUCCCGGUACCAGAGUCGCUGGAGAAGCUUCUGCAAGCUGUCAGUGCCAAGUUCGGCAUGCAGGCGAAGCGACUGUUCACCGAUAAAGGCGGAGAAAUCGACGACGUCACACUGAUCAGGGAUGAAGACGUCCUGUAUGCGUCGUGCGGUGAAGGCUUCCUGGGGAUGCUGGCUGAUGCUGCUCCUGCACCGCCAUUGGCCCCCGGAAAUCCAGACUGGGUGUUGUUGAACGUCGGCGGAAAACACUUUGCGACCACAAGGAGCACACUGGUGUCGAAGGAGCCCCGGUCGAUGCUGGGCCGCCUGUUUGGCAACGGCACGUCCCCGGCGUGGGGCAGUGCCCGGGACUCGCGCGGGGCCUACCUGGUGGACCGGAGCCCGCGCCACUUCGAGCCUCUCCUCAACUACCUGCGCCACGGGCAGCUGGUGCUUGACGGAGGUCUCUCCCCACAGGGGGUCCUCGAAGAGGCCAAGUUCUUCGGCAUUGAGUCUCUGGUGCCGGUCCUCGAGCAGAUCAUCCAGGGCGAACGAGGGCCGAGGGAUUACUCCCCACUGACACGACGCGACGUCGUCGACGCUCUGACCACCACCUCCCAUCUGUCGGAGCUGCGUUUUCAGGGAGUCAAUCUGUCAGGGGCUGACCUUUCACGAUUGGACCUGCGCCACAUCAACUUCAAGUGGGCCAAUCUCCAGGGAGCGAGGCUGUCGGGUGCCAACCUCAGCUACUGCUGCCUCGAGCGAGCCGAUCUCUCUCUCGCCAACUUGGAAGGUGCCCAGCUGGUUGGUGCCAAGAUGCUGUGUGCGAACAUAGAAGGCGCAAUCCUACGCUCCUGCAACAUGGAAGACCCUGCCGGGAACAGCGCCAAUCUGGAAGGGGUGAACCUGAAGAAUGCCAACCUGGAAGGUAGUCAGAUGGCUGGAGUUAACCUGAGGGUGGCAACCCUGAAGAACGCCAACCUGCAGAACUGCCACCUGCGACAGGCCAUCCUAGCCGGGGCUGACCUCGAGAACUGCGACCUCUCCGGCAGCGAUCUCCACGAGGCCAACUUGAGGGGAGCCAACCUGAAGGAUGCCACCAUGGAGCUGAUGCUCACUCCCCUACACAUGGCACAGGCCAUACGAUGAUGAAUCAGCAGUUUUUGUUAAUCAAGGUGCCGCCGCCGAAACUCGCCACGUCCUGAAAAAAGAGAUGACGCAAUCCUCCCGGGGAAGAAACACGACACUGAAGUCAUUUCCACAGUGGCCCACGCCUGGAGACAUCCUUUUUGUUUGUCUUGCCAUUGUGUGUGAGUGUUACGUUUGAUGAAGCACAUUGUACCCGGUGCAGAGUUGUCGUGCGGCGCGCUGCGGAGAGCUUUGAGCAGCCUCGGACAUUAAGUUGCCGUCGUUCCAAGCUCCAGGGUCAGACGGAGCAAGCUGCUUCGACGUUUAAGUUUCCAAGCUGGGUUAAGCGUGCAAUCUUUUGUUGUAACGCUUUGCAAACAAGUGUGCACCGCACGAGCGUGAGCUGGAGGCAUGCCGAACAAUCAACUUCAGGUCAGUUGUGUCAUAUCGAUCAUUGUCACAAGUGACCCGUUACCCAAUGCGACUGCUCACGUCAAGUAGAGCCUCGUUUACAAAUUAGAGAUUCGUAUGCACCGUAUCAAAUCACCUUGUGAAUCCCGGUGUUUAUUUCCCUGUGUAGGGUAUGCUGCAAAGGGGCUGUACGCACUAUUCGAUUGGAAGUCUUUAGUGCAUUUGCUUCAACAUUUAUUUAUAUAAGCGAAUUUGUGUAGUUAAGAAUAUACUAGCUUAGGACGGCUGUACCAUGGAAUGGAAAUGUCCAGUGGUGAUAGAACCGGUUUACGUAUCCUACUAACAAGGUGUUUUAACCGACUCAGUAGGGAGUGUGGUCUGACCCACUUGGCUUAGUGUAGUUUUUUGAGUGCUCCCAAACUUGGUCUUGACAUAAUUGAUGAAAAUAUGUUGGCUGUUUGCCUCACACAUCUGAUACUGUUUGUUUUUGGAACCAUUAAAAACCUGUUAAUUUAAAACA